UACCCCCGACAUCCUUUUCUUCUUUCCCUCUUAUGUUAUUGUUAUUCAUCCAGUGACCUUCUUCUUCUUCUUCGUUCGCCGAACUGUUUAAGCUUCGAAAUUGAAUUCAAGGUUAUCGAUCAACAAGGGUUUGAAGGUACACUCUUGAGCACACGGAAGUUUUGAGCAAGGCGUCUAGUACAACAUUUUCUGUAUCUCCCAAGUUCUUGGCACUUCUAAUCAUAGAAGAAACUCACUGUGGAAUUAGCAUGUGGUGUUCUAUUUGAUAAAUUUCAGGCAAGUGAAACAAUGACAGAUCCGUCUUUUCUCAAUAGCCCGAGAAGAAUACUGAGUUUAUCAAAGGAGAGAGCGACUGUGUCUUUUACAGAUCCAGAUGCCAAAGUUUCUGGAUUUCCUGUGUCUGAAGAGCAUGGUGCAAAGCCUUCAGAGGUAUAUGGCUUUGUGGGGUCUAUUGCGACCAUCAUGACUACAGUUAUCUACCUGAUAUGGGCCUACACUCCUGAGCCUUGGCUUCAUUCUGUAGGGAUCACUUACUACCCUAGCAGGUACUGGGCAUUGGCAUUACCAUCUUACGCUAUGGUUACCAUAGCAUUAGCAAUCACAUUUUACAUUGGUCUGAACUUCAUGGCAACAGCUCCUCCAACCUCCUUCAAUACUAUAUACGACGAAUUCAGUAGAGAACAUUCUGUUUCUCAGGUUUCAAAGGAAGGAGAUGAGCAACCUAUCGAACCUAUAUCAGAUAUUGGGAUCCAUCAAGUUAACGAUCUCAUGUUUAACUAGGAAAUAUGAUGCGUUAGAACUCUUUGACUUCAGUUGUAUAUAAAACCCAAAGACACGAGACUUGCCAAUCCUACUACCCUGUUCUUGAAUUUCCAGUUCUUCCAACACAACCUCUGAAUAUGUAGCAUUGUACACGCUUUAAACAACAUACUGCAGGCAGCCUCCGAUUUGACUAUUUUCACUAUCUCAUAUUCUCAUUUGGAUAAGGAAUUGCAGUUAGGAAAGAGACUUCUUUGCUUAAAGAUCAACAUGUUGGUGCAUCGAUACAUCACUCUUCAUCCAACUAUUUUGCAGCUCUAGCCAGUGAGUUCUGAAGCAAGUAAUCAAAUUUGUUAGGCACCUCAUGACCUGGAAUCAGACUAGGAGGUAUAGCAACUUGAACUCCCAACUGUUUGCACUCUAAAUUGCGCGACUGUUCUACAGGUUCAUCCUAUGCGUCACAAAAUUCAAUUCCAUUCCCUCUCCGAUAACCUGUGACUUGUCGCAGAUUCCCUCUUGGAUCGGAGAUAAGAGUAAUAUUAUCCUGCUGUGUGAUUGGGGAUAUUUAGCCAUGUCUAAUGCUGUCAUGCUAGUUCUUACACCUAGGUUUUUGUUCAGAGAAAGCAACGUCCAAUGCAUCAUGGGCGUUAACUCUUACUUCUCCCUCGUGGGUCCAUGAAUUUUAACCUUACAUCCAAUCUGUGUUGAUUGUUUUCUUUGUCUGUUAUGAAACUCAAGAACAUCAUGGACAGUGUCCCAAUGUUCACCCUUUGUACCAUGCAAUGUUACCCUUGCAUCCGAUCUUUGUUGAUUGUUUUCUUUGUCUGUCAUGAAACUCGAGAACAUCAUGAACAGUGUCC